CGAAGAUAGGGUACUAUUGGUGGGGCGUUCCGCCACCUCCGAGACCCCCCCUGGACGACCAGGCUUUCCCCUCCUAUCGGGCCCCGGCCCGGUUCUGCCGCCCGCUUCUAGAUCACCCGCCGAGGCUGGCCAAUUCAGGACCCAGGUUACUCUGGCGACGAGCGGGGCAGUUUUCGCCUCUCCUUCCUCUGCCGCGGCGGAGUCUGACCACACCCCUAGUUCGUGGAUGACUAUUCUACUCCGGAGACAUUUUCUGUUCAUCGAACUUGACUACAUUUGAAGUUGUUAAGUUCUUUAAAAAAGCCUCAAGGACGCUGACUUGUUGGAUGAGCAGGACCCCCUGGAAGAGUCAGCCGUGUGAGAUGGUGCAGCCUAGCGGCGGCCCGGCAGGGGACCAGGACGUGCUGGGUGAAGAGUCCUCUCUGGGGAAGCCAACCAUGCUCCACCUGCCUUCGGAGCAGGGUGCUCCUGAGACCUUCCAGCGCUGCCUGGAGGAGAAUCAAGAGCUCCGAGAUGCCAUCCGGCAGAGCAACCAGAUGCUGCGGGAGCGCUGCGAGGAGCUGCAGCGUUUCCAGGGCAGCCAGCGGGAGGAGAAGGAGUUUCUCAUGCAGAAGUUCUGCGAGGCCAGGCGCCUGGUCGAGAGGCUGAGCCUCGAGAAGCUGGAGCUGCGCAGGCAGAGGGAGCAGGCCCUGCAGGAGGUGGAGCUCCUGAAGACCUGCCAGCAGCAGAUGGCAGAGGACAAGGCCUCAGUGAAAGCCCAGGUGACGUCCUUGCUGGGGGAGCUGCAGGAGAGCCAGAGUCGCUUGGAGGCCGCCACCAAGGAGCGGCAGGCUCUGGAGAGCAGGGUCCGGGCCACUAGCGAGCAGGUCCGGCAGCUGGAGAACGAGCGGGAGGCCCUGCAACAGCAGCACAGUGUGCAGGUGGACCAGCUGCGCUUGCAGAGCCAGAGCAUGGAGGCGGCCCUGCGCAUGGAGCGCCAGGCUGCCUCGGAGGAGAAGCGGAAGCUGGCCCAGCUGCAGGUGGCCUACCACCAGCUUUUCCAGGAGUAUGACAACCACAUCAAGAGCAGCGUGGUGAGCAGCGAGCGCAACCGAGGAUUGCAGCUGGAAGACCUCAAGCAGCAGCUGCAGCAGGCCGAGGAGGCCCUGGUGGCCAAACAGGAAGUGAUCGACAAGCUGAAGGAGGAGGCCGAGCAGCACAAGAUUGUGAUGGAGACGGUGCCGGUGCUCAAAGCCCAGGCCGACAUCUACAAGGCGGACUUCCAGGCCGAGCGGCAGGCCCGGGAGCAGCUGGCUGAGAGGAAGGAGCUCCUGCAGGAGCAGCUGGAGCAGCUGCAGAGGGAGUACAGCCGGCUGAAGACCAGCUGCCAGGAAUCGGCCAGGAUCGAAGACAUGAGGAAGCGGCACGUCGAGGUCUCCCAGCCCACCUUGCCCCCCGCCCCAGCUCAUCACUCCUUUCACCUGGCCCUGCCCAGCCAGAGGAGAAGCCCCCCCGAGGAGCCCCCCAACUUCUGUUGCCCCAAGUGCCAGUACCAGGCUCCCGACAUGGACACCCUGCAGAUCCAUGUCAUGGAGUGUAUCGAGUAGGCCGCCCGCCGCCGGCCAGCCCAGGACGCUGCGCUCUCCUGCUCCGAGACCGAGGGUGGCCCCUUCUCUGGGCCCCGGAGCCAGCUGCGGGCCUCACGCCUCCGCCCCGCCUGCUGGUUGACCUCUUUCUGGGCGCACGGAGCCCAGCCAGGCCUGACGCUCUGCUCUUUCUGUUUGUUCUGUCUGCUUGAACCGCUUGUCUCUGGAGCUCGCUCAUCUUCCGCCUGCACCGGGGAAGUCAGGAGUGAAGGCUGGGCUCUCGGAAGGAGCUGCUUCCCCGGCCCAGACGGGCGGGACCCCUCCUGCCAGCCGCCUGGCACAGGGCAGCGCCGCAGGCGUGGGCUGAGGGGUGGCCUGGUGGCGGCUGCGCCGAGUUGGAUUGAACCUGUCCGCUGCCCAUGAACACUGGGUUUCUUACCGAUCACCGUUUCGUUGUCAUAAAUGACGCCGCACCGCAAAGCCCUGGCCAUCAAUCGUGUGUACCUCUGAGUUGGAUUCUUGGAAGCAGCACCCCUGAGCUUCUGCAGAGGGGCUAGUCGUGCCGGGGUCCUUCCCCCAGGAGUGGCUUCGUGCCCCGUAGCCUCGCCCCACGUCAGGGGGAGGUCCAGCCCGUGGGCUUGUGCCAUCCGCCAGACGUGCUCUUCUCUCGUAAGAGUGAGCAUGGGAGUUCCCCUUGUGGCUCAGCAGGUUAAGAACCCGAUGUAGUCCCUGUGAAAAUUCGGGUUUAAGGAUCCGGUGUUGCCAUGGCUGUGGUGUGGGCCGGUGGCUGCGGCUCCGAUUUGACCUCUAGCCUGGGACCCUCCAUAUGCCGCAGGUGUGGCCCUAGAAAGAAAAAAAAAAAAAAAAAAAAAGAGAGUGAGCUUGAAGGAGUUCUCCAGUGGCCUCGCAGUUAAGGAUGUGGAGUCGUCACUGUUAUGACGCUGGGUUGAUUCCUGGCUCAGGAACUUUCGUAGGACGCGGGUGAGGCAAAAAGAAAGCUUGAGCGUCUUUCCAGAGCUCGAAGGGUCCUUUUCAGUCGUUCUAGUAUAAAUGGCUUUUUUCCAUCAUUUUGCCCUGUUUGCUGCUGGACUGUUGGUCUUUUGUUCCUUGACUUCUACUAGAGGCUCUUGGCUCGUUAGUGGGAUGGAGUGAGAGCAAUUGCAGUUAUCUUUUCCCACCAACUUGGUGCUGGUGUGUUUGGACUUGAGCUGGUUCUCUUCGUGUAGACACAUUUCUCCACUGUUCGUCACGGCUUUGGGUUUGCUCAGACGUUUUCCCAGCACUGCAGUGUGUGCCUUGUCCUCCCCAGAGCACUGCCACACAACCAGCGCAGGGGGGCGCAUUUCAUCACCGUCCAAAAGUCUCUCAUGCUGUUCUUGCACCAGCCCUGCAUGGCCUGGCCUUGCCAGUGGCAGCCACUUGGUAAUCUUUGGCAGACUGCCAACAGCGCAGGCCUCUUGCGUGUUGUUCUGCAAGAUUCUGGCUCUUUCCGAGGCUGUCAAAGGCAUGGGCGUUGGCCCUGCAGUUGUCAGGAAGGAUGUCCCCCCCGCUGCUGCCGAGGGCUGGCCUGCUGGGGAGUGGAGGUCACGGGCCCAGCCCCGGCUUUUGUCCAGGGCCCCCUGCUCCCUAGGGUCGGGGUCUGGGUCUCCUGCUGGAAGCCAGCCCAGCCAGUGGCCUGUUCUGAAAGCAGAGCCUGGCCUGGGGACUUGCUUGUCAGCUGCAGGGGUGGGAGGAAGACCCAAGCGGGGUGGAAGGUGGGGGGGGGGGGGGGCGGGUGCUGGGGGCGAGUGAUCUUCCGGACCUCUGCUCUGCAGCUGGAUGCCACUGCCGGGGUGAUGGGCGUGGAGCCGCUGGGCCGCCUGCACCCUGGGUGCUGGGACUGUGCUGCUGAGAGGGGCUCAAGGAGGAGGCAGGACGCGGAGCCCCCCCCCCCUCCCCAACCCGCCGGGGCUCUGGCGGUGGCACCCCCAGAGGCUGCCCAGUAGCGGCCGGGAGCCUCCCACUGCCCCCGCCUGGGCCCUGGGGGGCCACUGCUCUUUCGGACCUUCUCUUCCCGGAGGCUGGGCGCCCUUGCUCGCUGCCACCUUCUCCAUGUCGGGCCGAGCGUCCGUUAGAGACCCAGGGUCUGAAAGCAGGCCGGUGGCCCGGAAAUGAGUGAUUCCACUGUCUCUCUGGCUUUCCUUAGGUUGGGCUUCCGGAACAAGUGGCCGGAUUCUUGCCAUGAGGGAAGCCGCUUGCCCGCCUUAUUAGCUGUGGCCCCUUGCUCGUCACCGUCCUGGGUGUGGGAGGGAGAGAGACGGCUGGACGCACAGCCCCGGUGUCGCUCCCCGCUGCUCCACAGUGAGCCAGCCAGUAAGAAAAGAACCCAGACGAGAUGGGAUGUCAACAUAGCAGCCAAUGAAGACUUCUGGUGCCUUCCUGGCAAGGGGCAGGGACAGGCCUGGGAUGUCGCCCCUUCUGUGGGACGGAACAAGCACUUAGGGACAGUGGGUACCCACGGAGACUUCGGCAUCUUAGAGGCUCACGGCUCUGUCAUCUGUCGCCACCAAAGACCACGGUGAGAUCAGAGGCUGCACUUCUGGACAACACAGGCCUCUGCAGCCAGCGCUGUGGACACCCUGUCGCCCGGGGCGCACUCUGGCCGAAUAGACAAAGUCCUGUAUAAGGUCUGACCCCAAUAAAGACGUAAGAGCUGCA